GCCGCCGGGGCGAGACUAAAGAGAGAUGCCGGGAGAAGAAGCUUAACAUUAAAGACGGGAAUCUCGCGAAGGGGUUCCUCGACAUGCAAGAUUCCUCGCUCGCCCUACAGAUGGCGUUGUCCGAGUAUCAGCUGGAAAUGAAUCCUGGCAAAGAAGUGCGAGGCCUAAUCGCGAUGAUCGGCGCGGAGGGCGGGCGGCAGCAGCGACGCCUCAGGGCUUUAAGACAAGAACAAGAGGAACAAGAGGAAGACGACGAAGGACCGCCCGCGGGGUGCAAGGAGCCCUACUUCGCCGUGGGCAAGGAGUGCUUCUUCCUCGCCCAGGAGCAGAGGAAGAGCUGGCACGAUGCCCGCGACGCGUGCGAGGCGCUGGGCACGCACUUGGCACGCCCCAGAGAUGUGCGGAAGCUGGUCGCGGUGCUGCAGGACUUCCCCGGCAUGACCAACCGCGUGUGGAUCGGCGCCAGCGACGCGGCGCGGGAGGGCGCGUGGCGGUGGCUCUCCGGCGAGCCCCUGGACGUCCACGACUGGCGCCCCAAACAGCCCAGCAACAGGAGCGCGAGCGGCGAGGAGCAGGACUGCCUCUCGCUGGUGACCAAGAAGUAUCCCGCUUCCACCAUGGAUGACCAUUCGUGCGGGCAGAAGAAGGCCUACUUGUGCGAGAUGGAUUUGGAGUGUUAGUGGGGUGGGGGGAGGGGGGGGAGAAAGGCUAAAGGAAGUAGACAGGCAGAGAUAGAGAGAGAAAGAGAGAGAGAGCAACGCAGAUUUGCAAUGUGCAGUAGGCUAUUCCAAAUGGAGUAACAAAGACAAUCCUGAUAUUUGCAAAAAGAAUCAGAUUACAGGAUUCGAUUCUAAUUAUCAGCUUUUCGUCAGGAUGAGAGUAAUUAUGACCCGAAAUACUGCAUCACUGUGAAUAGUAAUGUUAAUUAAGUGCUCUGUCAAAGAACUCAAGCACUUGAUCAGCAUUACGGAGUCGCGUUUUAUUGUUCAAUCAAAAGUGUCACUUUAUAAAGAUUUCGUUUUCAAUUACCAUCAUUUGAAACUCUUUUUGAACAUGAUUUAAACUUGUGGUAAAUAUGGAAAGUGGAACAUAUUUAUAGAGAUCGAUUUUGACUCCGGAAUAUGUUAUUAUUUAUGUUUAUCUAUGCUGGCUGAUACCUUAAAACAUCACUUUUUUAUUUUCAAGAAGUAAUAUAUGAGUGUUUGGAGGGUCUUUAAAGGGCCAGAAAUCUAUUCUCUGAACAUUCCACUUGAAAAAGCGGCAGGUCUAUCUAUCAUUUCCUGGUUAAUAUUCUAUAGGAUGGGAGAUCAAAGGUCAUGGGUCAUGAAUUAUGAAUAAUAUGACUUUAUUUUAAAAAUGAAAUUCAUGAAAAUGUUCAAUACUUUACCAUUCGCAACAAGAAAAAGAAAAUCGAUAUUAAUGUAUAUCAAUAUUUAAACUCUUAUACAUCAUUUUAUAUUUGGUAUCCUUUAAUGUUCGAAAACUCUGACAACUCAGAGCUAUAUGAUGUUUAUGUAUCACAGAUAGGUUGCAUCAUAAGGACAAGAAUAUGUACAUAAAGAUAAACAAUGUCUGUAAUGAUAUGCAUUGCACGAAAAUGAUAUUUGUUUGUUUAACAAUAUUGUAUAUUUGAAAAUAAAUAAAGAAUAAAAAACGACA